AGAUAAUAAGUGGAUAAUAAAGAAAUAGGGAAAUAAUAAAUUACAAUAUGUAUUAUGUAAUAAUGUAAUAUUGAGUGUAAACCUAAUCACCUAUUCAUUUUUAUAAUAGGCACAAUUUCAUUAUGUGGUCAGUAAUUAUUUUUGAAGAUGAUAACUCUAUUGAAGCAGUUCCAUCAAUUUGGUAUCAAAAAAAUAAAUGCGCGUGGCCAAAAAACAAUCCAAAAAAGUUUAUUGAAAAACGAGUUGUUCCAAACAAAACUGAUUUUUUUUUUUUAAGAGCUCGUAAAAUUGGGAAAGAUGUUGACAAUUAUCUUGAUGCUAGAAAUAGAGCAAAAAGAGGAGAAAAUACAUCAAACUUAUCCGACAAUGUUGAUGGAAGUGUGAAAAAACAAAGAAAAUUUAAGAAAAAUUUUUCAAUUAAAAAAGAUGUUUGCCUGUGGGAUUCCACUAAUAAUUCGUCAUCUGAUGAUACUGAUAACGGAGAAGCACAUUAUGAAAUUCCAAAUAUAUCUUCAGAUAAUUUAGAUUUCAAAUAUGAUAAAAGAAUCAAAAAAACAAGUUUAGGUGAAUCAUCCAAAAGAAAACUUAAUUUUGAUGAAUCACCACCACUCGACAUUAUUAAUAAGUUUCAAUCUAAUAGUCAAACAAACUUUAAUAUAACGUCAGAUCCUAUUGAGUUUCAAUCUGUCUCUGAAGACAGUAUAGUAGUAGUUGCUGGAAACACUUCACAGUCACCAUCACUUCUUCCUGGUAAAAAACAUAAUCUAAAAUUAAACUGUCCAAAAAAUUAA